AUGUAUUUUACAUAUUUGGUUACAUUGCAUUAGGUCUGUCUGUACAAUUCUAACAAGAUGUUUUAUUUGCUAGAAUUGAAAGACUGCCACAUGCCGGUGGAAGGAGAGGUAUAUUCUCACAAGAGCAGGAGACCAUUAUUGUCAAUAUGGUCCUUCAAAAUAAUCUCAUUUGUCUGCGAGAAAUACAACAGCGAGUUGAGGAAGACAACGAGAACUUUGAAGGAAUCAACAGUGUGAGUCUCUCCACAAUUGACCGUGUCCUGAAACGCAACCUGAUAAGUCUCAAACAAGUCUACAGAGUACCAUUUGAGAGAAAUUCUGAGAGGGUAAAAGAGCUACGAUAUCAAUAUGUACAAAGAAUGUUUCAACUGGAUUCCAUGGAGAGGCCUCAUGAGUGCAUCUUCUUGGAUGAAGCUGGCUUCAAUCUCACCAAGAGGAGAAGGAGAGGCCGCAAUAUUAUUGGUCAACGAGCCAUUGUAGAGUUGCCAGGGCAGCGUGGUGGCAACGUGACCAUAUGUGCUGCCAUCAGCAGCUACGGGGUUAUUCACCGCCAUGUGACUUUAGGACCUUACAACACUGCCCAUCUUAUAACCUUUCUGUAUGCUCUACAGGAAGCAUUACUGAGACGUGAAGAGAGAGGUGAUGAGCAGGCAGAGCAUCCCAUGUACGUGGUAAUCUGGGACAAUGUGAACUUUCACUGUGGUCCUAGAAUCCCAAGGGACAGGAUUGCCUGUGAUGUUGAUGAGGUCCUGUGGCCUGACCAUGCCCAGAGGCAUGAUGCUGAGGCAGAAUGA